AUGGGGAUCAAAGCAGCUAAGAUAAGAAAUGCCAACUCCCGUAAUAAGGCUUCAGCAGCGAAAGAGACCACAUCACAUCCAACAAAGGAUGUCAAGUUUCUGAAUGAUAUCGUAGUAGCUAUUGAAAUUGGGACUGAAUUUUCUGGACUUGCCUAUUGUACAAAAUCCUGGUACAACUAUCGUGGAGGUCCCAGGAUCCAUAUACACUCAUGGCCGGCACAAAUGACAAUGACUGGAAAAGCACCGACAUGCGUCCUUCUGGACUCCGACAAAAAAUUUAUAAGUUUUGGACACGAAGCCAACUUUGACUUUGUAGAGGAGAAAUGUGAUACAAAAGAUUGCUAUUUCUUUAAACACUUCAGGAUGAAGCUAUCUGAAAUGAAAGAAGAACUUUCGGGAGAUACCAUGCUUGAGUCGCAAAACGGAAAGGCAAUGCCGGCUAUCAGAGUAUUUUCUGCUGUCAUAGAGUUCUUCAAGGACAAGUUAUUGACUGGGCUGGAAUCAAAGGACCCUAGUUCGCGUUUCCAUGCUUCUGACAUCCACUGGGUGUUAACAGUGCCGGCGAUUUGGAACUUUAAAGCCAAACAAUUUAUGAGGGAAGCAGCACAUAAAGCUGGGAUAGAUGACAAUCAACUAACCUUAGCCCUGGAGCCCGAGGCAGCAUCCCUGUACUGUAGGAAGGUGCCCAGCAGUGUUGAUAGAAAAGCUGGUGGUGGGCCUUCUAUAGCAAACUUCAAGGCAGGGGCUAAGUAUCUAAUAAUGGACCUUGGAGGCGGAACAAUCGACAUAACAGCUCACGAGGUAUUAGAGGAUGGACAUUUCAAGGAGAUUAUCGAGCCCACAGGGGUCUCCUGGGGAAGCCGCAUGGUCAAAGAGGAAUUCACACGCUUCUUGCAACGCUUGUGUGGUCAAGAUGUCUUAUCGGAACUGCAGAGGAAUACUUCAGCAGAUUGGCCAGCUAUUAUUGUCGAGUUUGAACGGAAAAUGUUUGCUUACGACCCAAAAGCAAAAAUGGAGACUAUUACCAUUCGGAUCCCAUCAACUCUUCCAGCAGAAUUCGAAAAAAAUGACAGAAUGUAGAUUGGAGGAAUGCAUAAAUCAAUCACCAUUCUGUGAUAAGGUAUACUUAAAGGGAGACAAACUGAAAAUGGACAGAACUUUUUUUUGAAUCAUUUUUCAAGGAAUCAAUAACAAAUACCGUGAGUGAAGUCGAGGAAUUACUUGAUCAAACUCCCCAGUUACAUGAUUUGGGGACAAUUCUUGUUGUAGGAGGAUACUCAGAAUCUCUCUUGAUGCAGAAGGCUAUCAAAGAUGCGUUUGCAAACAGAUACAAAAUUGUGAUUCCUGAGAAUUCUAGUCAAGGUGCCGUGAUGUACGGGUUUGAACUACAUGCAGGCAUGGUUUGACUUUUACGCUUCAGACGCGAGAGAUCCGGAAUUUGUGAACGAAAACUCGUGCGUCUGUUUUGGUUUUGUUGGGGUAGAAUUGUCACCUAGACAGCGCGGACUAGAUGCCACUGUAACCUUGGAGAUAAACAUCAGCGGCACGGACAUAGAGGUUCGGGCUACAGAAAAAAAGACGGGAAACGUUACAAGAGCAUACUGUAACUUCCUUGGUUAGGACUGUUGUAGAACAACAUUUAUGUAACCAGAGCAUUAUAUGUGGACGCAUUUCAGUACGAUUGUUAUUUUAAUUUACCCUCGCGUUACCAAUGGUGCAUUCUCGAAUGGAUAUAGUCAUUGCUUUGUU